UAAAUGCAAUCUUAAUCUAAAAACUUUCAAACAACUUGAAACAAUUCAUUUGGAAUGUCCAAACUCGAUAGGACACCCAAGUGUGAUCCAGGUGGUUCAUACCCCACAAACAACAAAGCAAGAAACACAAACCCUCAACAAAAUUCUCAAGCUGACCACACCCUGUUUCUGCCCCCAAAAACAAUGCCUCCAAAUCUUUGUCUGAUCCUGCUCCUCUGCAUAUCCUCCUCCACCACUAGGGCUACUGCCAUUGGCCUCAACUGGGGCACCGCCGCUUCCCACCCUCUCCCACCGCCCAGGGUGGUGGAGCUCUUGAAGAACAACAACAUCGCCAGAGUGAAGCUUUUUGACGCUGACCCACUUGUUCUUCAAGCUCUUUCUGGUUCUAAAAUUGCUGUCACUGUUGGGAUUCCCAAUUCCAUGCUCAGGAGCUUGAACUCUUCCAAGAAAGCUGCGGAGAGCUGGGUCCAUGAUAAUGUCACCCGAUACGUCUCCAGUAGUGGCAGAGGCAGUGGAGUUCGAAUCGAGUAUGUUGCUGUCGGAGAUGAGCCAUUCCUGCAAAGUUAUGGUGACCAGUUUCAUCCAUUUGUAAUUGGAGCAGCAACAAACAUCCAGACAGCCUUGAUCAGGGCAAACUUGGCAAGCGAGGUGAAGGUCGUGGUUCCUUUCAGUUCUGAUACCAUCCAGUCAGAAUCCAACCUGCCCUCAAAAGGGCAUUUCAGGUCUGAUCUCAACAAAACCAUGAGCCACCUCCUCACAUUUCUCAACAAGCAUCACUCGCCUUUCUUUGUGAACAUCUCACCUUUCCUGAGUCUCCACCAGAACAAGAACAUAUCCCUCGACUUCUCCAUCUUCAAAGAAACCGCACAUCCUCACAGUGACAGCCACAGAACCUACAAAAAUAGCUUUGACUUGAUCUAUGAUACUGUGGUUACUGCAUUAUCAACAGUUGGAUAUCCGGAAAUGGAUAUUGUUGUUGGGCAGAUUGGUUGGCCUACUGAUGGAGCAGCCAAUGCUACCUCAUCCGUAGCAGAGACCUUCAUGAAAGGCCUCAUAAGGCACCUCCAGAGCAAAUCAGGAACCCCACUGAGGCCUCGAGUUCCACCAACUGAAACAUACAUCUUUUCCCUCUUAGAUGAGGAUCAAAGAAGCAUAGCCGCAGGAAAUUUUGAAAGGCAUUGGGGUCUGUUCACCUUUGACGGCCAAGCUAAGUACCAUGUAGACCUAGGCCAGGGAUCAAGAAACCUAGUAAAUGCACAGAACGUCAACUACCUUCCUUCCAGAUGGUGUGUUGUGAACAACAACCGAGACUUGUCCAACGCAACUGCUAGUGCAUCAGAGGCAUGCUCAGUCGCAGACUGCACUGCUCUAUCUCCUGGCAGCUCCUGUUUCAACAUCAGUUGGCCCGCAAGCAUAUCUUAUUCAUUCAACAGCUACUACCAGCAACAUAAUCAACAAGCAGCUAGCUGUGACUUUGGCGGGUUGGGUUUGAUCACUACUGUCGACCCAUCAAUGGAGAAAUGCAGAUUUUCUAUUCAGCUCCACACUUCUCAUUCAUCCUCGCUUCAUCCGCUUCAUCUUCUCCACCAAAUGCUCUUGGCAGCAGCAACCAUUUUGGUAUGUUUUUCCCAGUUUUAACAUCAUACAACAAUUCCAGUAAGAGUUCUUUCAGUCAUUUUCAUCAAAAAGCCUCCUGUUGUGGAUGUCUUCUGGGGUUGUGCAAGGUUCAACUGUUCAAGUUUUGUUUGCUCUAUUUUUAGAUGGAAAAGAGAGGGGGGAAUGGAAUGACUUUGAGGUUCCACCCCUUGUUCACUUCAAAGCUCUGUGAUUGUUCCCAUUUGUAAUGGGAUUUAGCUGUUCACUGAAAAUUUCCAGAGUAGAAAGUACCAUCUCAAUCUAUUAGCAUCCUGUGAAGCCAUCCUCUUUUUUUUUUUUUUUCUAAUUUCUGUAUUAUUUUUCAUAAAACAUCCAUAAAAGUAUAAAAAAUAUUGUGGGUGUUUUAAUCCUUGGAUGGGAAAAACCUCUCCCUUUCUUGAGCA